GGAUGGCUGUUUUCUUUGAGACGUCCUCAACUGACUCUAUUUCUGUAGGGGAGUUGAAUGCCAAGUUUAAGGACUUGUACGACGAGAUCAAGGAAAACGGAUUUCCAGCACGCCUGUUUGUCAGGCCCGAAUUCACCAUCUCUGUUGAUCUUCUCCCGCAUAAACCUAUUCCUGUUUCGCGAAUCCGGGUGCUCUUCAUCAAGGGCGGCUUCUUUCUCUUCGUAUAUCUGCACCAUGCCUAUGGUGAUGGGAAAUAUCGCCGCCGCGUACAUCGAAGCGCUCUCAGCAGAGACUCGGAACGUCGGCAGCCCAUCUCCAAUGCCCGCCGAUGAGAUUUGCUGCACAUUGAACCUCCCAUACUCCCAGAAGCAAUACCAAUUGUCUUUCUCGGAGCUCUUGAAGAAAUGUCCAGAGUAUGGGUUGCUUCACGACGGCACCGGUCUGACCCAAUUCCUCCCAUCGAAAUGGGAUCAGUUAGAGAGUGUGGGUAAGACGUUUGUCAUUGACAUGGCCAAGGUUGACAAGAUUCGCAACUCGACGAGUGAGGCGAAAGUCACUCGGUUGUCUCUGUGCUCGCCGUUGACAUGGGCGCACGUCACUCUGGCUGGCCUGGUUGACAGAAUUCGCAGCUUGACGAGUGUUGACAAGUUUCCAAACUCGGUGAGUGGUGUGAAAGUCACUCGGUUCUCUCUGCUCUCGGCGUUGACAUGGGCGCACGCCACCCGGGCUCGCCUGGCAGCGGGUGAGCCCGCCGCUGCUGACUGCAAUUCCAUACAGCCCCGUUUCUGGAACCCACAUGAUUGGAUGGGCCCUCGCAAGGGACUGUUUAAGGACGAACCCUCAAAAGCCAGAUAUUUUGGGAACUCGGUCGUCUUGCCGGUUACGAAGCCAUCAACGCUCAAAUGUGAAAAGGACCUUGUUGAGGCCUGCGAUUGGCAAUCUGCAAUUUAUCAGGGCCGGCUUCCAUCAAAAAUCAUUGACAUUGCGCAAUCAAUCAUGCAAGCCAACCGGAGUGUUGACGAGGACUUCGUUCUGACCCGGACGGCGCUUUUCGCCGCCAUGGAUGAUCACCGCAAGCUCGGCGUUGAUUUGAAUCCCCGUUUGCCCCAUCAUUUCUCAGCCAACACCUGGGCAUUCAUCGGCCAAGGGGCGCGUUUUCACUUUCCCGGAGUGAACCUGGCUGGAAAUGGAGGCCGGCCAGAUGCUAUCCGCAGGAUCCAGAAUGCUUGGGCGCGUCCGCAUGCCUUGAUUAUGCCGACACGGCCCGGCAUUGAGGACGAUGAGGUUGAAUUGUUGGUGACGCUACCAGUCAUCUCGAUGAACCGACUGGUGCAGGAUGAAUCGUGGAUGAGCCUGGUCAAGCGAGUGGUCGACUGAGUGGCACCUACUAGACAGGAAAUAUCGAUUAGG